GUAGUGCGCGGAUCACCGUACGGUUGACAUAGAUUUUGAUGGCCACGUGCGCAGGCAGCGCCGUCAGCGAGACGAACACGGGGGCGACGAACUGGCAGCAAAGGGUGUUCGGCCGGCAGCUGGUGCGAUGCAACCAGGCGGAUUCGGCCCUCUGCGAUGUGGGGAAGGUGUUCGUGAACGAGGGAGGCGAGGCCGCAUGCGAGACGAUCGGUGUCUACUUCAGUUUCAUAAACCCGGGCGCGACGUGUGACGACUUUACCAGACAGCUGACCGAGCUUUACGGUUCUGUUAACGCCGCUACCAACACCGCCAAGAAGAGGUUCGAGGUCAUCCAUGUGGUCCUUUGGAGCAACGUGGCCGACGUCAUCGACUUCCAGGAGAGCUUCCAGGGACACGUGGCCGAGCUUCCGUGGCUCGCGUUGCCCAACGACGACUACGAAAGAAAGACGCGGCUGACGAGGAGGUAUCGCAUAAAAGCGGACGUCCCGACUCUGAUUCUGGUCGAGGGCGGGACGGGAUCGGUCGUGACUCGCGGAGGCGUCGAACGUACCCUGGCAGACCCGACAGGCGCGAAUUUUCCCUGGACGCCACCGCAUCCCAAGGCCACCCUCGUCGACGGGCCCCUCUUGCCAUGCGGAAGCCGAGACAACAAGGAGCCGAUGCUACACGAGGAGCUCCGGCACUGCGUCAAGGGUGUGUACUUCAGUGCCCAUUGGUGUCCCCCGUGUAAAGCCUUCACCCCACAACUGGUCGAUUCAUAUCAGAAAAUUCGAGAACGAGGGCAUAAUUUCGAAGUUAUUUUUGUCAGCUCUGAUCGAAGCGAAGAAUCUUACAACACGUAUACAGAGACGAUGCCCUGGUUGAGGAUACCGUUUUCGCAAGAAGAAAGACGACGGAAACUCGCCCGCGCUUUUGACGUCCAGGCAAUACCAACCCUCGUGAUUUUGGAUCAACGUGACAAUAUUAUCACUUUGGAAGGUCGUACCGAGUUGCUCGAAGAUCCGGAAGCUUGGAAUUUUCCAUGGGCGAGCCGACUGGUUAAUAUUUUAACGGAAAAAUACAUGACGACUCUUCACCGCGCUCCAGCAAUCAUCCUCUUUGUAGAAGCUGAUGACUGCGAAAUACAAUUCGGAGAGACUGUUUUGCUCCCGGCAGCGGAAACCUACCGACGUGAUCAUCCCGAUUACGAUCCUACCUAUGACGACCUGGAUGAUCACCUUCAAUUCUUCAUAGCGUUAGACUUUCAGUGCGAUACUUCCGAGAUUCUGCGAGAGUUUAUUGGCCUGGAAGAUGCUGUGCCACUGUUAACCGCAGUUGACAUUCCCCGAGGCAUUUAUACAGUUAUGGAAGAUGGAGCAGAAAUCACAGUAGACUCAGUACAGCAAUUCGUCGAAGGUUUCUUGAACGAUAAACUACCAACAAACGAAAUCACUGCCGUCCAUAACCCCAUCGCAGAAUCAGACCAGAUCUCAACAUAAGUAAUAAUCAACAAACAACAGCUGCAAAGGAUAAACUAGAACCCUGACUUCGUCAACACUAAUUUCCAUCAAUAAGGUGCCGGUCUACCUGGAUGCUUAUGCAAGAGUGUAUUUUAUGAAAGGUGGGAGCAGCCCCUGGAGUAAAUGAUUUCUAUGAUAUUCUACGGAAACACGAAAAAAUAGAAGGUUGUAAAAAGUCAUUGUUGUUUUUUUUUUUUUUGUAGAUUUUUCUUAGAAAUACUUGAAAAUUACGAUUAUAUAGAAUUAUCUACAAGAAAAUACAAAAUUAACUCGAAAACAUUGAAAAGAAAUUUGGUGAAUGUUUGUAAAAAAAAGUACGAACUUUCACGAAUUUUUAUAAUAAUCAAUAGUUUUUUUUUUUACUAAAAAUAAACUGGACCCGCUAGCCGUAAGAAUGAAAAUAAAACUGCAUGAACUCUUCCGGCAAUAUAGGAUUUUAUACGAAAAUAUACAAUGUAAUUAA